GUAAUAAGAAACUAACUUAAGAGAAGAAGAAUAAAAAAAAAAAAAUAAGGAGGAGAUAAAAAAGAAGAAAAGAAAGAAGAGAAGGAAAAUUAAAAAUCCACCUUAAUAAGAAAACGAAGGGAGGAGAAGAGAAGAGAACAAAACAAAACAACAGAACAAGGGAAAGAAAUAACUGAUCUAAAAAUACCACGACCUUGAAGAAGAAAAAGAAGAAGAAGAAGCAGAGAAAGAGGAAGAAGAGAAGGAGAGAUAAGUCAGUGGUUUAAGAAUACGACUUGCGUUGAAGAAGAAGAAGAAAAGGAGGAAUAACAAUUGGAGAAAGAUGAUAAAUUUAGAACUACAAGUAAUCUAAGAAUAUAACGACCUUGAAGAAGUGGAAAAAGAAGAAGAAGAAGAAGAAAUAGAAGAAGACAAGAAGAAGAAGAAGGAAAACUAUAACAGCAACAUCAACGAGAACAAGAACGAAGGAAAAAAAGGACAAAAAAAGAUAGAAAGAAGGAAAAAUAAAGAAUAUGAAAAAUAAUAAUAAUGAUAAUAAUAGUAAUUGAAAUUGAUCUUGAUAGUUUGAAUACAGGAAACAAUGACCUUACUUAACAUUGGGUGACCUGACCUGACCUUAAACUGAGUGAUCUAACCUUAUCGUAAUUCCAACCCGACCUGACCUAUUGUGAGCUGCUCCGUUGUCCUGCCCGCCGUGACCUCUCUGACCUAGCCUGACCUGACCUUCGACUCCGUGACCUAACCUUAGCAUAGUGGCAACCUGAUCUAACCUGACCUGACCUAUUGUGAGUGACCCCGCUGUUCUGCCCUCUUGCUGACCUAACCUUCCACUCGGUGACCUAACCUUACAUGGCCUGACUUUAAACUGAGUGACCCUGCCCGCCGUGACCUCCGUAACCUGACCUGACUAGAGAGUUGACCUGAAGUGGCCUUUGUUUUGACCUUUCUGAGAUGGCAAGUGAGACCGUAGUGAUAAAAGUGUGACGUCUGACCUUUUGACCUAACACCACCACCAACAACAACACCAAUGCUCACCACCACCAAAAAGAACCUGACUUGCUCAAACGCCAACACCACCACCAUCACCACCAUACAAGUGACUAUGCGGUGUUGAUUGGUGAUGAAGAAUAGUGUUGUUAGUGCCAUCGAAGCCAUGUUAACUUAGACUGGCAGUGAAGUGAGUGCCAAGCCGUAGUGCCACAAAGAGAAGCUCAACUUAAAAUAACUUAGAUGACUGAAAAAGGACUUAGACGAAUUGAAUAUAGGAGAAAGAGAGACAGGUAGAUAUAGAAAGAUAAACAGUAGACUACAGAAAGAAAAGGAGUACAAAAAAAAACUGACGUAUCAGGAUAAAAAUGGAAGAAAUGUUAAAAGAGCGUUAUUAAGGAAAGCAUUUUGACGUAGACGUAUUAAAAGGAAAUAAAUAAGAUCUGAAAUAAAUGAUAAAAAAGAAAGGAGAGGAGAAAAAUACAAACGUAGUGAGAGAAUAAACUGAAAAAAAGAAGAUAUUGAAGAAAAGAGGUAGAAAGAAAGGAGGAAAAGGUUGAAUGGCGAAAAGAUUAACUAUGCAGAAAGAAGAUAAAUUUAAGGACAAACUAAGAAACUACAAAAUAUUAAAUAAAAAGUGAGAGAAGAAAUUGAAACAGAAAAAAAGAUAUUGAACAAAAGAGGUAGAAAGAAAAGAGGAAAAAGUCGAAUAGUGAAAAUAUUAACUACACAAAAACAAGAUAAAUUUAAGGACAAAGAAACUACAAAAUAUAAAAAAAAACUCCUUUGAGGUAUAAAAGGGAGUAAAUAAACAGCAAAAAAGAAAAAAAAAAACACUGACUUGUGACUAAUAUUACCUUCAUCACCACCACCACCAACACCAUCACCACCUUCAACACCACCGGCCUUUUCUACAACACCAGCUUUCCAGGAUAGUAUGCUGGGCCCGUGUAUGCAGGACCCGGCAUGGGUCAAAAUGAGCUCACCCGCCCAGGUCAACAAAAAGAGGAAGAAAGCAGACAUCAAGCCUCAGUCCCAGCUAAACAAGUGCCUUAAUGAGAAGAGGCGUCGCGAGCAGGAAAACACACACAUUGAAGAGCUGGCAGAGCUAAUCCAGGCCAGCAUCGCUUCUGACAUGAGCUCGCUCUCUGUCAAGCCCGACAAGUGCGCCAUCUUGCAGCAGACGGUCAACCAGAUACGGCGCAUCAAAGCCUCGGAGGGAGCAGCGGGGGAGUCGGCCGUGCAGCAGGGUGAAGUGUCCUCCUCCAGACCCUCACUGCUGCCCACCCAACGCCUGGGACCCCUACUGCUCGAGGCUCUAGACGGGUUCAUCUUCCUGGUGAGCACCGAGGGGAAGAUUGAGUUUGUGUCGGACAAAGUGAGUCAGUUCAUCAAGUUUACCUCGGAGGACUUGACCAGCAAGAGUAUCUACAACAUUAUCCAUGUAGGAGAUCAUGCCAAAUUCUCCUCCUCUUUUAUGUCAAUAGGUUGGCCCAGUGAAGCAGCGUGUGAGUCCUCGCGUAGCCGCAGCUUCAACUGUCGCCUCCUGGUCAAGCCUCCAGAUGACCAGGAGGAGACUAUGGAAGAGAAGCAACAACGGGUGUCCCAGUAUGAGAAUAUGCAGAUAUCUGCACUGCUUUUGCCUUCGUUUUAUGUGGACAAAAGUAACAGUGAAUCCUUUGAAGGUGAGGGUCAACAGUGCCUAGUUUGUUUGGUUCGGCGAAUCCCCCCCAACGAACGCAUCCAGGGUAUCCCCGUCGAACAGUUCACCACCAAGCUGGACGUCCAGGGCACCAUUAUUGCCAUUGACGCCAGCGGAGUGUCUACCAGAUACAGUCAGUACAUCAGUAGGGAAAGAGUCAACGAGCGCUUCAUUGAGCUCAUCCACCAAGGAGACAUCACCAAGGUCACCGGCCACCUGAAGGAGACACUGCAGUCCGGCCAGGCCACGUCACAGGUGUAUCGUGUUAAGAUUGGUGGUGAUCGCUGCAUCCGAGUGCAGACCAAAUCUAAAUUCUUCCGGGACACCGACGGGAGCCAGCCAGAGGGAAGCUUCAUUAUGGCAACACAUUCUAUUAUUGGACCGUUCCAGGAAGGCAACGGGUCCGCGACGGCCGAGAGAUUACUGGCCGGCACCUCGGGCAACGGCGGCUCGGUGUUAGACGAGUCCCUAACCGGGCGGCCGAGCAGCACGGGGGGCGCGGGUGACGACUCCGGGGUAUCCUCUCUAGGGGACAACACCCGGUUACGAAACCUCCUCAGCCACCCGGAGAGCGGCUCGGACCUGUCCUCAGAUAAUUCCAAUAAAAUUCUCAAAGAUCUCCUGAACCAGAAGGACGAGGACGACGGCGGCGGCGGCGGCGGCGAGGGCAACAACAGCCUGGAGCGCCUCAUCUCCCGCGUCCCGUCACACCACGACUACAAGCCACACUCCUGCCCCUCGCCCUCCGUCAACUCUACGGCCAACAACAUGCUCAGAGAUCUUUUGAACGACGACGACGAGAAUGAGAACCGAGACGACAUUUGGCAGAUGCUAACGGAGACCAGCGACGAGAAGAAGCCAGACAUCACCUCGGACUUCAAACCACCGCAGGGCCUUGGCGGAGGAGGAGCAGGAGGCGGAGGAAGCAGCGGAGGCGGAAAUAGCGGAGGCGGGAAUAGUGGAGGAGCGGGAGGUGGAAGUGGAGUUGGUAGUAAUAGCGGAAGCAACGGAGGUACAGGAGGAGGAGGUGGAGGAGGACCCCACUCGUCUAACGCCGCGACAUCAGCCUCGAACACCCUAAGCACCAUGACGGCCUCCUCCCCCAGCCUACCCCAGAGUACGAGUGCCGGCCUGCCCCCACGCCCUCACAGCGCUGACCUGCUCUCGACGCCGAACCUCCUGCGGGGCUUGAAGCGUCCGAGCGAUGAAGCGCAUGAUGGGAACCCUAAUAAGCAGCACAUAAAUAACGGAGGGGAAAAAACAACAACUGCUAAUCACUGCCCCUAUGAAAAAGAGUACAAAAAAGUGGACAAAAAAGAGCAAAUGAUCGGGACCUUCGAGAGCUUAAUAGGCCCCUCCCCCCCGGCCUCCUCCAUGAGCCCCGCCCCGGUCCAGCAUGGAGGGCCCCCCACCCCACUCGGCGGACCCUCCACCCCCCACGCCGGCCCCGCCACCCCCCACGGCGGCCCCACAACCCCCCAUGCUGGCCCCACCACCCCCCACGGCCCCACCACGCCCCUCGGGAACAACACUGGAGGGUCGAUGGUUCAUGGAGGUGCAGGAGGAGGUGGUGGAGGAGGCGGAGGAGGAGGUGGAGGUGGAGGUGGAGGCAUGGGAGCGAAUCUUAAUAAUCAAGGUUCCUCAAAGCUAUGGGAGAAGAAUAAGAUGCUGGCGACCCUGCUGGCUAGAGAACCCAUGCAGACCCAGACCCAGGCUCCCUCCCAACAUGCCAACCCCCAAGGUCUGCCCCAAGAGAAGCUUCCCAAAGACCUAGAAAAGAAGCUGCAGACGCCCGGGCCCUGGCAGACACCCGGACGCAACCAGUCGGAGAUCCUGACACAGCUGCUCACCAACCGACCCACGCCCAAGGUCACCACCUCCAUCGGCUCGAGCACGAUGGGCCUGAGUCCACAGAUGCGCUCGCCCAGCACGCACUCCUCCAUGAUGUGCGGCCAGCAGAGCCUCGCCUCCCAGGGCCAUGUGUCCAACCAGCCGCCACUUACAUCCCAGGGCGGCCACGGGGUCAAGAACAUCAACUUGGGCGGCGGUUCGGGUGGCGUGCAGACCUCUAUGAGCGGCCCCGUGUCUCUGAGUGGUCCGGGGCCCCUAGGCGGAGGCGUGAGUAGCGGGGUGUCCGUGUCCUCACCCUCCAUGUCCACGGCCACCACCAACACGCUGCCCUCCUUCAAAGACACCAUGAAGCUGAACGUGUUGGGGACGGUGAGCAAUAGCUUCCCCGACGGGUCCCUGCCCUCCAUCACCACUGCCACCUCCUCCUUCCACACCAUACACAAUAACGAUGAUGUGCUGAGGGAGUCCGUCAUCAACGACAUUUUGGAGCUACAGAUGACCACUUUUCCAACUGGUUCCUGUCCGGACGACCUUGGGCUCCAGCCUGACUCUCUGCUUGAAGACUCGCAGCAGCAGCCCCCGAUCUCCUCCGCUCACGAGUUCAUGGAGAUUCAGAAGAUCCAGAAAUCCCUCAUGUCAGACAUCGAGACUCAGGCGGCCCCCACAGUGACAGGCAGUGGCCCCUUGCCCCCUUACAGCACUGUACGUGUCUCGAGUAUGUCUAUCCAGUCCCACGGCAACUACCCGCCGCCCUACACUCAUAGGGCGGCACGGUUCCCUAACAUGGGGCCGACGGCGGGCUCGGGCGGGGGGAGUCUUGGGCCCCACAUGAUGCGACCCAACGCACCGCAGUUCGCACCGGGCAACCCAGCGCUCUCGUCACGGCCCACUCUUCCAAAUCAGCGUGCCAGUAUGAUGUUGAACCAGCAGCAGACCAGGAACCGGCUCCUGCACAACCAGCAGCAGCAGGUGUUGGUGCCGUCCAACACGUCCGAUGUGGCCAAGCCGCCCCCAACCUCCUUCCAGAGCAUGGACGACCUCUUCAACGCCACCGCCCCGCCGCCAAAUGUGAAUGUCACUCUCCAGCGUAACGUGGCGGAGUCUCAAACCUCUCCCAACUACACCCCGCUCAACUCCUCCCUGGUGGGCCCGGGGCAGAUCUCCCCCGGCCAGCGCAUCCCCCAGCCCCCGUUUUCACCCCACGGCCAGACCACUUCCCCGCUGCCAGGACAACAGUACGCCAACAGUGGGCAGAUGGGCAGCUACCAAGGGGUUCAGGGGUCCCAGCUGUCCCCAAGACUCUCCCAAGGGUCACCAGCUCCACCAAACUAUCCCCAGGGGGGCCAGCCUCUCCCCCAGAUGUCCCCGACGGGUCCUGGCACCCCUGGCACGCCCGGAGUCCAGGUUCCGCCGGGGCAGCAGAGUCCAGCGUGGUCCUCGCCGGGCUCACAGCGACCCUCACUCAUGUUACAGAACCCAAUGCUUAAUGCACAACUUUCCUAUGUAAGAAACGACGGCAGCCGGCAGUUCAGCGGUGGAGGGCGGGCAGGCCAGAUCCCUGCCAUGCGAUCCGUCCCCAGCCCCGGCCCCCGCCAGUCCCCCUACCAGGGCAUGGGUCCCCCCACCCCCGGCACUGCUGGCCAGGGGGACCCAAGCCCCUACCCCCCCUCCUCUCCACAGCAGGGCCAGGCCCCGCUCCUCUACCAGCAGCAGCAGCAGGCCCAGCAGCCCCAGCAGCAGCAGCAGCAGCAGUACCGCCUCCAGAGAGCCAUGUCUGCCCCCGUGGGAAUGCCACCGGGUGUGCACUCCCCGCGCAGUGCUCACCCCUUCCCGCCGGCCCCGGGCCACCACCAUGACCCACCCGCACCCCCCUCCCACCUGUCACCGGCUCCGGGCGGCCACCUCCCCGGCCACUCUGUGCCGCCUUCCUCCCUCGGCCACGCCCACAUGGUCCACCACCACCCGGGCUCGCUCCCUCCGGGGCUCAUGACCUCCUCCGGCUCCCCGAUGGGGCCGGUGGCCGUGUCCUCUGCGGGGCCGGUGGAGGGCGGCCACAUGAUGGGCGGUGGGCCCAUGGGGGGCGGCGGCCCUGGGGGGGGCAUGCCGGGGCUGGUUGGAGGGGUAAUGCCCCAGGGCUACGAUGGGGGUCUCCCACCCCACCCUCACAACUAUGAGGUGGCUGCCCACUACUAUGGGGCCCCUGACCCUGCCAGGACCUCUUCGGGCGGGAAUGGCAUGCUCAGUGAGUACACUCGAAAUGAACUGCGGGCCCACGUGGGCGCUCGGAGCACAGGGGGUGGGGGGGGCGGGGUAGGGCCAAGCUCCCCUUCCCCCGGCCAGCCACAACCACAGCAGCAGCAGCCACCUCCGUCACAGCACCAGCAACAACAACAACAACAGCAACAACAGCAGCAACAACAACAGCCACAAUUACAACAACAACAACAGCAGCAGCAACAACAGCAACAGCAGCAGCAGCAACAGCAGCAACAGCAGCAGCAACAGCAGCAGCAGCAAUCUCAACAAACACAACCACCACCACACCUGGCCUUUCAACAAACCCCCGACCAACACCACCACCACCACCACCACCACCUUGACCAGCCGCUACUUCAUUCUUACUCCCCCUCAGAGAGCAACAAGUGGGGAGCAGAGAGCGUCAACACCAGUCAGGCAGGAGGACUGAGCACAUCCCCCAGGAUGGAUGAUAGUCGCAGCAGCGGCGGCGGAGACAAAGGGAAGACCGAGAGCAUGUUGAAGCACCUGCUGUCCAAGUAAUGUCCGCAGCGGGCCUCGGCGUGUCGUCAGCCAAUGCUCACCAGCACGCUCAUCGUCCCUUUAUUCACUGUCUCUUCAACCCGCCUGCCGCUGCCUGUCUGUCUAUCUGUCACGGAGAGUUGCAGGUCGUGCCGCUCGUGUGUCCCUUGUGGCGCCAGCGAUGGAGCGCCUGCACGCCCCACUGCCUGCCCGGAGGAGGACGAAAACAUGGAGCUUCACGGGAUAGUGACGAGACGGAGCCGUGAUUUUACAGUGUCGGAAGUUGCAUGAGAGAAGAUUAUUGUGUUCUGUGGUAUCCUUUUAAGGGUCGAAUCUGUGCCUAUAGUUACGAGAGAGGUUUUUUAUCUAUCCCUAAAGUUCUUAAAUCACUGUGUUUUAAAUCCUCAUUUUAAAAAGAAAGGGUCAAAUCUGUGCCUAUGAUUAACAUGAAAGGUUAUUUUUAUCCCCGAAGCUAAAUUUGUUGCCUAGAAUGUUCUGUUUCCUAGAAGGUUUUUAUUCUUUUCCAUGUUAAGGAAGUAUGAUUGAAAGUCUGUCCAGUGUAAGUUUAUGAUUUUGAUUCUGUCCUUCAAAACGUGUUGAAUACCCGAACCAAGCCGUGAGCAGGCCGCUGAGGAGCCCAGUGGGGUGUGCUAGCCCCGGCCUGUGGCGAGGGAGGCCGGUGUGAUGGUUCUUUGCCAGAGCAGUCCUGUGAUUUACACUACCAGUACAAAGAGGGGGAAUGCAAAAAAAGUUUGGUGGGUCCCAGGGUUUGUGCAUUCUAUUUCCCAUUUGCCCACAAGUAAUGUCUACACGCUCCCUACCUUGCUUUUACCAUUGAUUACCUUAAGGAAAUGAUUUCUCUUCUAGAUAUAUGAAACCCAUGAUUUACCUCACAAUGAGAUCCCCUCCCCUGCACUUCAGCAAAUGGCAAGAGUCGGUCUCAUUGCUAUAUUUUUAUUCUUCUCCACCUUCGCGUCUUGUCUGUCAACCUGCAGCAGCACGAACGCACCGCCAGCCCGCUGCGCCAGAAGACGUGCCAUGUGCUGACGUGUGGCAGGGCCGCCGGCGCGCUGAGGCUGGGCGGGGCGCCGGCGGCAGGGACUCUGGUGGCAUGUUAGCUGUGGUUGGGUUCAGCCUUAUGUGCAAUUCUUACCAUUGGGUUGUGACUUUGAUGUCUAGUGUACAGAGAUUAUUAUUAUAUGAGGAGGGUAACAGUUGGUGUUGUCAGACUGUUGUAUACUAUUGUUAUGAAUGUAAUUACCAUUAAUAUAGUUCACUUAUAUACAGAGCCUUACAUACUCAACUCUUCUAUACCAAAGGCAUUAAUGUAGAUACACAGUGUACUUGCGGAAACUUCCCUAACCCUGUAUUUCUUUGCACAUCACGAGUUGAAUGUUAGAUAGCAGGAGAUGUUAUCAAGAUUAGAGUAAAAUAUCAUGUUAUAAUGGUUUAUUAUUUUUCUAUGAGAAAGUUUAUUGACCUGUUGUUAUUCUACAAAGAAAAUUAAUGUUGGUAAAGCUAUGUUAACUUAUUGCUGGAACACAGAAGUGGCCGGGGCCAGACAGGAGGAGCGGGCCGGGUCCGAGCCAGCCACCUGUGGUGCACGCGGCUGGGAACAACUUGCUCAUCAUUCACUUAUCGGCCACUCGUGGACUGGCGGGAGGAUCACACGGCGACCCUCGGGAGUGGCGAGCGGUGUGUCAGAGAAAGACGGAGGGAAAUAGUCUGUAUUUUUUCACUUUGGGAUCGUCCCGAGACCAUUUGGUAGAUAAGCAAAACAAGCAGCCAGUGUUUCUUGUUUGAGCGAAGAAUUCUGUACUUGGCUGGCGUGUGAUAGUUAUAUUUUGUUCUGGACCAGACUCGUGCUUCGUAGAGAGUGGACUCAGUGGCCGGGCUGCCGUGCGAGGCCGAGCGAGUGUGCGAGCGGUGACUCACAGUGAACGAUGGAGAGUCGGUCGCCCUCGCUGCGGCGACGCCUCCGAGACUCUGGCGAGGGAGGCGGCGCCCGCCCCGACGCCUGGUAUGUUGACACAGGCAUAGUGAAGUGACUUAGCUCAGGCAAACCUGGAAAGUGCUCUUAAAAUAGGAACUGUUAAAAGUGGCAAAAGACAAUUUAACCAAAGGGCUUAAGUGUAAUUUAAGUUUGGGGGAGGAGGCAGCGGGAGCGCCGGCCCCAGGACUACUGUGCCGCGGCCCCGUCGACGAGUGACCAGAAGUUCAGGCUAGAAAAAGUCCCCUCCUGACCUUCUUCUUCUGUCAUCAUUUGGGAAGUGAUCUAGUUGACCUUUUGUUUAUUAUUCCACUACUGAUUGGUUCACAUUUAAGGCCUCACGGAAGAAAAAAAAAUUACGUUCGGAUUUUCUUUCCAGUGAUUUCUCUUUCUUGUUGCCGCCCCGACUAUAGUUCCUGUCUCGACGAGGAGCCUCUUGCGUUGUGGUGCCCAUGUCCGCGCUUGUUUCCCUCCAAUGCUGGCACUCCAUGAUUGGUCAAUAUUUUAUUAUUAUUAUUAUAGAGUUUCAGCAUUCAGUUGUAUGUUUCAUUUGGUGGAGUAUGACUUUUGUAUAUAUUUGUAGUGUGUAAGAGUAAUUAUUAUGUAACAGUUAUGGAAUCCCACAAGAAGACUGGCUGCUUCACCUCCGAGUUGCUUUUCAUUCCUGUGGGGCUUUCGUCACACCGUAUAGUCUGUAUUUCAUUGGUUUCUGCAGCUUCAUUGGUUUGCAUUGGUGCGUUCCCUGUACAUUGUGUGUGUAUAGGCAAGUUUCACCAUCAUUAAGCCAUGUGGCGAAUAAAAGAGAAAUGGUGUAAUAAUA